CAAGAAGUGUGGCUUAAAUAACACAUUGCGGGUGUAAAAAAAAAUACAAAUUAAGAUUUUUUUCGAAAAAAAAAAAAAAAAUCGUGGGAAAUUUAUACAAAAAAGAAAAGAAUGUGCUGCUAAAUAUUUUUGAAAAUUUUUUUAACAACAAUUUUUUAUAAAGAGGCUUAUUUUUGCAAACUUUUUUAUUUAUUUUUUUAAAUUAAAUUAAUUUUAAAAAAUUAAGAAACAUAUUUAUUAUAAAAAAACCUUUUUUAAACGAAAACAUAAAAUUAUAAUUUUUGGUGUAAAAUGUGUGAAUUUAAAGACAAACUAGACAGUGUGGCUGCGGAAAAAGCUAAAAAUACAGUGGCUACUAUUGAGGGUGGCAAUGUUGUGGCAGGUCAACCGGAAUUGAGUAAAGGCACUGAGUAUUUUGAAAGAGCUUUGGAAUUGACAACUUUUGGCAAAUUUAAUUAUAUUUUUAUAUUUAUAUCUGGUCUCAUACUUGCCAAUGUAUUGCUGGAAACUUUGGCCAUUAGUUUUGUAUUGCCCGUAUCACAAUGUGACAUUAACCUAUCCAUCCAGGAACGUGGCAUUAUGAGUGCCAUUGGUUUUGCUGGCAUUAUAAUCAGUUCCCAUCUAUGGGGAUUUUUUGCAGAUACCACGGGCCGUAGGAAAAUCAUUAGACCUACUUUAUUAUUGGCCUUCUUUAUAACUCUACUCUCCAGUUUUUCGAAUGACUUUUGGAGUUUGGUUAUUUUGAGAUUUCUAAAUGGUUUUUUCGUUUCGGGUGGCUCUGCUACCAUUUAUGCCUAUUUGGGCGAAUUUCAUACCCAAAAGAAUCGUUCUCGUGCCAUUAUGGGUGCUGCUUUUAUAUUCGGUUUGGGUGCCAUGCUUAUGCCUGCCAUUGCUUGGUUGUUCAUUAAUCAGGAAUGGCGUUUUGUUAUUCCUUUCUUGGGCAUCACCUACAAACCCUGGAGGCUAUUCAUGGUGAUUUGCGGUAUUCCCGGUCUUAUUUGCGGCUUGAGUUUAUUCAAAAUUCCUGAAAGUCCUAAGUACUUUUUGGGCCAAGGUCAAGAUGAGAAAGCUUUGGAGAUUUUGAAGGAUAUUUAUCAUAUGAAUACAGGAAAGCCCAGAGAUUCUUAUCCGGUCUCUCGUGUCAUCGAAGAUCUUGAUGUCAACAUGAAACCCCGCGUUAUUGUCAGCAAUGAGAACAGAAAUGCCGUAACAGUACUACUCAAAUCAAUGUGGACUCAGACACAACCCCUCUUCAAUCGUGAAUACAUACGCAAUACUCUUCUCAUCUGUACCAUUCAGUUUUUCAUUUUCGUAACCUCCAAUGGCAUGUACAUGUGGUUCCCAUACAUUUUAAAUUCUGUUGCUGAAUUUAUGACAGAAAAUCCCGGCAAUAGAACCUAUAUUUGUGAUGUAGUAUAUGCUAAGCAACAGGUGAUGAUGAAAUUGGAAUUGGCUCAAAAUGAUGCCUCGUUGGAUUUAACACAAGAAUGUUCAGAGAAAUUGGAAAUUGGCACUUUUAAACAUUCGUUGGUGUUGGAAGUUUUAUAUGCCGUGGGCUUUGCUUUGAUCGGUGCUGUUAUCAAUAGUAUAAGCAAACGUAUCAUACUUUUCGUUUGCUUGGCCAUUUGUGGUAUUUGCGGCGUGGCUACCAUUUAUGUUGACAUACCCAUGUUGGCCAUUUAUUUGUAUGUUGUCCUAUUACUUUGCGGUUUGGUCAUUAAUGUCCUCAGUGCUGCCACCGUAGAUCUUUAUCCCACCCGCCUAAGAGCCAUGGCUGUUUGCAUUUCCCUAAUGAUGGGUCGUUUGGGCAGUGUGGUGGGAGCCAAUGUUGUGGGCGCUCUCAUAGCCGAUCAUUGCGAAGCUGCCUUUUUAACAUCGGGCAUUUCCCUUAUUGUUGCUGGUUUAUUAGGCUUUUUGAUUGCCAAAAAUCCUAAGGUUGCUGACAAUUCUCCAAGACGCACUAGUCUCGUCUCAAUGACGGGGAACUACCCAAAUAAUAAAAUGAGUACUUUAAAAAUAAAUGAAAAUAAAGAUGGUGCUAGUGAUAAUUUACUUCCAAAUAAUAAAUCUCAAGAUCCCAGUCACAUAACAAAUGGCAAAUUGAAAGAUUUUGAAGAGGCGAUACCGUUUUCAGAGGCAUUAGAGAAAACAAAAUUUGGUUUCUUCAAUUAUUUCCUUAUAAUCAGCUCUGGCGUGGUACUGGCCAAUGUUUUGUUGGAAACUUCAGCGGUGGCAUUUUAUAUGCCCGUCGCUCAUUGUGAUCUACACUUGACCAAUUAUCGCAAGGGUCUACUGAGUGCGAUCGGUUAUGUGGGCAUGAUUAUAAGUUCACAUUUAUGGGGAUUUUUAGCUGAUACCAAGGGUAGAAGACGUGUCAUAAGACCGACAUUAUUAAUCGGUUUUAUAGUAACAGUAUUUUCGAGUUUCGCCACAAACUAUUGGACAAUGCUGUUCUUGCGAUUUGUAAAUGGUAUAUUUGUUUCCGGUGCCUCAGCCACAAUUUACGCCUAUUUGGGAGAAUUUCAUAUUGAUCGUACACGAUCAAGAGCCAUGAUGAUCUCAGCUUUUAUAUUUGCAUUGGGUGCCAUGUUAAUGCCUUUCCUGUCCUUCAUGGUCAUUAAUCAAGAUUGGCGUUUGCCAAUUCCAUUUUUGGGCAUCACAUACAAACCAUGGCGUUUAUUUGUUAUUGUAUGUGGCCUGCCAGGGUUCUUAGCGGGAGUUUCUAUGUUUUUCCUACCCGAAAGUCCAAAAUUCUUGCUAUCAAUUCAUAAAGAAGCUGAAGCCAUUGAAGUAUUACAAAAAAUGUACAAAAUGAAUGGAGGUAAAGAGAAAUUGCAGAUCAACCAUAUUAUACCCGAAGAAGACUGUGAUGAGGUGUCGACCAUACAAAAUAAAAACAUGAAUUUCUUCCUUAAACUUUUGCUGACCAUGUGGAAUCAAACCGUGCCCCUGUUUCGUCGCAAAUAUCUUCGUAUCACCCUGAUUGUGUGCACCUCACAAUUCUGGUUGUAUGUGAUAACAAAUGGGCUGUACAUGUGGUUUCCAUACAUCAUCAAUGCCAUGGGAGAGUUUAUGCGAAAUAAUCCAGAUGGAAAUGAAAAAUUAUGUAAUAUUGUUUAUGCCAAACAUGCUAAUCAGACUGAGGGAAUUAUGGAUUGUCCGGAUAAAUUGGAACCCACAACAUACAUGUAUUCAUUGUUAAUGGAAGUAUUAUAUGCAUCAUCAUUUGCUGUGAUAGGAUUGAUAAUCAAUCGUUUAGGGAAAACUUUAAUAUUAUUUAUUUGCAUCAUAUUUUUCAGUUCCUGUGGUUUAGUGGCCGUUUGGCUGCCAUACACUUCCGUAGCCGCCAUUUUUUAUGUUUUAUUGUUUUUGGUGGGUGUGUGCAUUAAUGUUUUGGGUGGAGCUACUGUAGAACUAUAUCCCACACAAUUAAGAGCCAUGGCCAUGUGCGUUUCUUUAAUGAUGGGUCGCAUUGGCAGCGUUGUUGGCACCAAUAUUGUGGGUGCUUUUCUGGCCUCGUAUUGUGAGAUGACAUUUUAUGUCGCCUGUUUUGCUUUAAUGUCGUGCGCCAUUCUAAUAUUGUUUUUACCGCGUCAUGUCAUGUCCAGAAAUUCCAAGAAAUCCAAUAUUCAAGAUACUUAAUAAUAUUUAACGAAUUUUUUUUUACCACAUGAUACUUAAUAAGUGAUAUUUUGAGAAAUAAGUAAUGUGUUUAGUUUUAAGUAGUAAUCAAAUUUAGAAAAUAAUAAAAAUAGAUUUUUUGUAAGAAAAGAAUUGAAAACAAAA